GUGGAAGGAAUUACGAUAUGGUCAGAUAAUUACUUUUGCCUUGUUAUCGGUUAAUAAUUAAUUUGUACAAAUCGUAUUAUGUUUAUAUUGACGCGAGUCUUAUUGCUGCAAAGUUGUAUAUAAUUUGAUAAGCUCGCAGUAAGAUGGGGUGGUUGGUCCUCUGCAGCCUGCUGGUUGUGGCCACGGCCGCGAACGCCUACAAGAACCCGUACUAUGCACCCGGGAGGUCGGUGAACGUCCACCUCUUUGAGUGGAAGUGGGAUGACAUCGCUGAUGAGUGCGAGAGAUUCCUUGGUCCUAAGGGAUAUGGUGGCAUUCAGAUUUCCCCGCCCAACGAGAACGUGGUACUGUGGUCCUACAACCGUCCCUGGUGGGAGCGCUACCAGCCCAUGUCGUACAAACUCGUGACACGCUCCGGUGACGAGCGGCAGUUCGCUGACAUGUUGCGCAGAUGUAAUGCUGUAGGCGUCAGGAUCUACGUGGACGCAGUAAUCAACCACAUGACGGGCGAGCCUCCAGAGAACGUGGGCACCGCGGGCAGUACCGCCGUGUUCUCAGACUGGAACUACCCUGCUGUUCCCUUCUAUAGACAGCACUUCAACUGGCCGCAUUGCGUCAUUGAUGGCAUGGAUUACGUUAAUAAUGCUUGGAGGGUGCGUAACUGUGAGCUCGUCGGACUCAAAGACUUGAACCAGGCUGACGAACACGUCAGGAACAUGAUUGUCAACUUCAUGAACCAUCUCAUCGAUUUGGGCGUUGCUGGUUUCAGAAUCGACGCCGCCAAACACAUGUGGCCCUCCGACCUUCGCAUCAUCUACGACCGUCUCCACAACCUGAACACAGCCCACGGGUUCCCCGCUAACGCCCGUCCUUAUAUCUACCAAGAAGUUAUCGACUACGGAGGUGAAGCUAUUAGUCGGGAUGAGUAUACCCCCAUCGGAGCCGUUACGGAGUUCAAAGUUGGAAUGGAACUUAGUAAUGCUUUUAGAGGCAACAACCAAUUGAGGUGGUUGUCUAGCUGGGGUCCUCAAUGGGGUCUUCUAGCCCACGAAGACUCAUUAACCUUCAUAGACAAUCACGAUAACGAAAGAGAUCACGGCGGUGGCGGUAAUGUACUCACUUACAAGAACCCUCGCCCUUAUAAGGGAGCUAUCGCGUUCUUGCUUGCUCAUCCGUAUGGAGAACCUCAAGUUAUGAGCAGUUUCGAUUUCUGGGACACUGAAGUUGGACCACCUAUGGAUAACAAUGGAAAUAUUAUUUCGCCUUCUAUCAAUUCUGAUGACUCCUGUGGUAACGGCUGGGUCUGCCAACACCGCUGGCGUCAGAUCUACGCGAUGGUCGGCUUCAGGAACGCGGCUGGUAGCACUGGCCUUAACGACUGGUGGGAUAAUGGCAGCAACCAGAUCGCCUUCUGCAGGGGAGGCAACGCUUUCAUCGCUUUCAAUAACGAUUACUGGGAUCUUAAUCAGACUCUUCAGACUUGCUUGCCCGCAGGCAGGUACUGUGACGUGAUAUCAGGCAACAAGGUGGGCAACUCGUGCCAGGGCAAGACGGUCACCGUGGGCAACGACGGACGGGCACACAUCACUGUUGGAGCCAACGACUAUGAUAUGAUGCUGGCCAUACAUGUUGGCCCUGAGAGUCGUCUGUAAACCGGAUUCAAGAACAAGACAAGAAAGAAUGUUCUGCGUGGCGUCAUCUUCAUAGCAGCUCUAAUUGUCAACGAUACACUUUUGUACAAUUGGAAUAAAAAACGUUACAAACCUA